AUGUCAAAACUCAUAAUCGCAGCGAAAACAGGAAAUUUUCAUGAAGUAAAACGCUUAAUUGAUCAUGGUGCUAUUGCGAAUGGUGAAUUGUUUCACGAUGUUUGUCCUCUUGACUUCGCAGCAUCAUCUGGUUCACUGGAAAUUGUCAAAUAUUUAGUUGAACAUGGCGCUAAUGUAAAUUUGAAUGCCUGUAGAUCUGCGAUAUCAUCUGGUUCACUGGAAAUUGUCAAAUAUUUGGUUGAGCAAGGUGCUAAUGUAAAUUUGAAUGCUUUUAGCUUUGAUAGCCCUCUUCAAUCUGCAGUAUCAUCUGGUUCACUGGAAAUUGUCAAAUAUUUAGUUGAACAUGGUGCUAAUGUAAUUUUAAAAUCCUUUAGCCUUGGUAGUCCUCUUCACUCUGCAGUAUCAUCUGGUUCACUGAAAAUUGUCAAAUGUUUAGUUGAACAUGGUGCUAAUGUAAAUUUUGAAUUCGUUUAUGUUGGUAGUCCUCUUCACUCUGCAGUAUCAUCUGGUUCACUGGAAAUUAUCAAAUAUUUAGUUGAACAUGGUGCUAAUGUAAAUUUUAAAUCCUUUAGCCGUGGUAGUCCUCUUCACACUGCAGCAUCAUCUGGUUCACUGGAAAUUGUCAAAUAUUCAGUUCAACAUGGUGCUAAUGUAAAUUUUAAAUCAUUGAGUCUUGGUAGUCCUCUGCACUCUGCAGCAUCGUCUGGUUCACUGGAAAUUGUCGAAUAUUUAGUUAAACGUGGUGCUAAUGUAAAUUUUGAAUCCUUUACGGUUGGUAGUCCUCUUCAUUCUGCAGUAUCAUCUGGUUCACUGGAAAUUGUCAAAUAUUUGGUUGAAUAUGGUGCUAAUGUAAAUUUUGAAACGUUUACCGUUGGUAGUCCUCUUCACUCAGCAGUAUCAUCUCGUUCACUGGAAAUUGUCAAAUAUUUAGUUGAAUUUGGUGCUAAUGUAAAUUUUAAAUCCUUUACCGUUGGUAGUCCUCUUCACUCUGCAGUAUCAUCUGGUUCACUGGAAAUUGUCAAAUAUUUAGUUGAACAUGGUGCUGAACUAACAAAUAAAGAAAAUCUUGGCAUGCCCAUAAUUUUAUUUCUGCCUUGUGAAGGUGGAAAUGCGUCAAUUGUCGACUACCUUCUCCAACAUGGAGCAAUUAAAGACCUGAAUAACUGGAAAUUGAAUUCUCCCUUGCGUAUAGCAUGCCUGAAAGGUCAUACCGCCGUAGUUCAAACAUUAGUGAAAAACAACGUUAAUAUACGAAAAGAGAACAAACCACUAAUAUGUGGAAAUAAUGAGAUCAUAAAUAUUUUGAAUGUUGAAUUAAACAAGUCCCUUAAACAUCGCGUAAAAAUUCAGAUUUUGAAAGGAAUAAACAACAAAAACUUGACAAAG